UGAAUAUGAAGACAUGGAUAGAUCCAUUUGUUAUUGGGGCAUUUAAAAUGUGAUAUGUUUUUUAUUACUUUCAUUUUGUUUUAGUCUGUACCCAUAUCAUCUUUGUUGUUUGUCUUGUUGUUGGAUUAUUGUUCAUUUUUUUUCUAAAUAUCAAGACCAAGCUGACUGCAUCUUCUGGAGUGUUUCUGUUAGUUUGUCUGCAGGUCAGCCUGUGAUAUUUGGUGCUUUUCUUUAGAUUAGGAACCUUAAUACUACCAUGAGUUCUGAAUCGAACGCUGGUAUUGACCUGCUGCAGGUCAGGAUUGAGACUUUGAGCAGCAAAAUGGACAGGCUGAUAACUAUCCAGGAAAAGGUGCUCAGCCGACUUGAUGGCAUGUCUCAGGAUAUUGAUGGAAUAGAAAGGGACGUAGAAACUUUGAAAGUGGAAAAAGAGGAGAUCCAUUUUCCUCCAGUUAUACGUACAGGACCAGGCCAUGAGAUGAAGGAAAUGUGCCAAGAAAUGAACAGCAUCAUGUUGGCAGUAAAUCAACGCUCAGAACAGCAAACCCAGAAGCUGGAGGGAAUGGAGAGACUGGUGAUGAGCAUACAGCAGGUGGUCAGCUUCAUUGGAGAAACUGUUAAAACUUCCAAAAUCAUGGAUGUUAUAUUUAAAGGGCCAGCUGUGCAAAAGAACAAAAUGAUUUCAGCCUCCAGGUCCAAAGACUGUAAAAGCAAACUGAUUACCAAAAGGGAGGACUCAGAAAGUGGUGAGCCUGUCGCGAGCAAGGUAAAAGAUCGCAAAUGCAAAGAGGGGACAUUUCGUCUUAGUCUCAAAGGUCUCAAAGCACAGAAGAAGAAGAAACCACCUGAUUGUACAGAUGCAGUCACUUUGAGGAAGCAGGCACUACUGUUCGAGGAAGUUCAGGAGCUUAAUCAAGAGAAUGCAGAACGCUCUAAAGCAUCCCACCAUCUGGAAGCAGAACGCUCUAAAGCAUCCCACCAUCUGGAAGCAGGUGUACAGAAGUCAGAGAAUGGCGUGUUUACCCCAAUGCAGCAGGACCACAUCCUAGAUGAAGGCAAGACCCCUCCGACUGAGCAAGAAAAGUACUUGGAAGAAGAAAAUGUGGAAACUAUGGAGCCAAAAGAAGAGGAGAAGAAAGAAACAGAACCAACGCCGGUGGAGGUCCAAGAUGAACCACAGCAGUUAGUGGAAGAUGAAAUGUCACCAAAGACCACAGAUAUGCUUAAAGAUCAGGAAGUUAAAGAUACUGGAGAUCAGACGGUGGUUGAGGUUCCUUUAGAAUCUGACAUUACUCACACCCAACCCCCUUUUCCAGCUGAGGACUCAUUGCAAAGUUGUUUCAGCCAUGAGUCCGAGCAGGUGGAUGAGGUGACCACUAGCAGCAAACGACGUGUAACAGAUGAAGAUCUGGGUUUGGAGGACCACAAGAAGAGCAGGGUUGAGGGAGGACAAGAUGAGGUUGAGCACGAGCCAGAGGAACCUGAAGAUGUGCGUGGUAUUUUCAAAGCUGAGGGUGUGGACAUUGAGUUGGAUUUUAACAAAAUUAAGCAGGAAGGAGACAAGGAUGACAAUGAAGAUGAAGAAAAUGACAACUUCUACAUUGAUUGCACUCCCCCUCCACCAGCACCCUUCAACCAUCGCAUUGUGUCUGCCAAACCCAACCAGAUUAACAACUUCUACACCAUCAACCGUCAGGAAGUUCUUGGAGGAGGUCGAUUCGGUCAAGUACAUAAAUGCAUCGAAAAUUCAUCUGGACUCACUUUGGCUGCGAAGAUAAUCAAAGCAAGAAGUCAAAAGGAAAAGGAGGUGGUGAAGAUUGAGAUUCAGGUUAUGAACCAGCUCGACCAUGCCAACCUGAUUCAGCUCUACGCUGCCUAUGAGUCCAGGAAUGACAUUAUCCUUGUGCUUGAAUAUGUUGAUGGAGGAGAACUCUUCGACAGGAUCAUUGAUGAGAACUACAAGUUGACAGAGCUCGACACAGUGAUGUUCAUCAGACAGAUCUGUGAAGGCUUGCGUUACAUGCACAAAAUGUACAUCCUCCAUCUGGACCUAAAGCCAGAGAACAUUCUGUGUGUCAGCAGAUUAACAAAUAAAAUCAAGAUCAUUGACUUUGGGCUUGCGAGGAAGUACCAGCCCAAAGAGAAGCUACGAGUGAAUUUUGGGACACCGGAGUUUUUGGCUCCUGAAGUGGUUAACUAUGAUGUUGUGUCAUUUAAAACGGACAUGUGGAGUUUAGGGGUUAUCACAUACAUGCUGCUUAGCGGGCUGUCUCCAUUCCUUGGGGAUGAUAAUAAUGGAACUCUAAAUAACAUCCUGGCCUGCCAGUGGAACUUUGAGGAGGACGAGUUCACAGACAUCUCAAAAGAAGCCAAGGAUUUCAUUUCCAAAAUGCUCAUUGUAGAUAAAAGUUGGAGGAUAGGGGCUGGGGAGGCAUUGAAGCACCCCUGGCUGUCAGAUCCAGCUGUCCAUUUCCGCCUUCACGAGAAGAAAAAUAUGUGUCGAUCACGAAGAAACUCUUGUGUGCCACCUCCAGAGAGUUAAUAUGGACCAAGCCUGCUGUGCAACCGAGAUAGGACAUCAUAUUUCGAGCAGACAAACACGCAGAUGCGAUCUUUGCAUAAACCUGCUGACCUUUGCUAUUUGCCAUGUUGAGACAGCUGCAGACAUUACUUAAAUGAUAACAGCAUAUGGCAUGAAGGUGAUGCUAUGCUAGAAUGAGAAAUGAGAUGCAGGUGUGAUUUAGUUUCCUAUAGACUUCAGGAAUCCUGUCCGUGAUUCCAGUUUCAUCUGCAGAUUUAAAAAAGAUUUAAUCCGAUUCCCAUUUUAUUUCAUCAGUUCUGGGCAGUUCACUUUAAUGAUCAGAACAUCACAACAUACUGUACAUAUGAUAACAGCCCUCAUAAUAUUAUGUCAAAAUGUUAUGUUUAAGCUGCUACAUACAACUAUUGCUACACAAACAUUGCAGGAAAAUUAAUGCAGCAGAGAACAAAGAAUGAGUGUAAAAAGGCUUUUGGCCAUAAAAAAUAGUUAUAUUCCAAUAGAGUUCCUAGCAUGUUGAAUCAAAUUUACCAGUGUUUCAUAUUCAGGAUUAAUAAGCAUAACUGAUUAAUUAGAACAGUUUGUGUAGUAUGUUAUACACACAAACUCCUUUUUAUGUCUUAGUUCUGUAAUGUGUAGCUCCAUGACUGUAUCGCUGUAACGUUUAGACGUUCAAACCUUCUUAAUGGUAUGCUAAUAUUAGAAUAUCCUCAUGAAAUAUACCCAAGGCAUUAGCACAAAGAUUUUUUUAGCACAGUUUUAUUACAAUUUUCACAUCACCGUCUUUAGAAGAUUCAAUGUCAGAUUCUUUAAAUCAUGUGUCAAUGUUACAAUAUACUGUAUAUCACUUUUUCAUUUAACUUUUUGAGUAUGUAACAUGGCAUUAUAUGCACUUUAGAAUAUUAUAUAUUUUGAAAACCAUAACACUUUCUUAAUAUAUAGAUAAAGCUAGUCUAGUUUUAGGGAAAUUGUUUUAUAUGUCUCUCCAAUGUAUUUUCCAUAUAUACUUGAAUGAAUAGUAACAUACAUACAUUAAAAAUGUCUUACCUUAUUUAUAUCUUUCAUUUAUGGGUGUUUCUGCAACUACGAGCAUCUAAAAAAUCAACCCCUCUGAAUUCUCUUUUAAUCAUCAGAGUCUGUAAUACAUAUAAAACGGUCAACAAACUUGCCAAAAAGAGUCAUUAAGAUUUUAAUGUUUGUAAUUUAAUAUACAGUAAAUAUUGAAAAUGUGCUGAGGUAAAAGACAUAACAUUUCUGCUAAUAUUGCAGCUAACUGGCAGCUAGCAAGGUCUACUACAUUAGUUUUGACUCUAAGCAUCUUAACAUACAUAACUUAAACAGUAAUAUACAUUUAUUUUUACAGUGUAGUUCAAAGCACAUAAUUACUAAGCUGUAUGAUAAGGACACACAAUAAAUACAGACACAGAUAAGAUGAUGUUUACCUUAUAUUUUUGGGGGGAUCUUGUGAGUGAGGUAGUGAGGUGGCCUAGUCUGUCAGCAAUGUGCUCAUGUGUAAUUUCUGUUAAAAGCCGUUUUUCAUUGUUGCGGUAAGGACUCAAAAGUGUGGGACAGGCACAUUUACUUGAAAAAAAUCAUAACAAUGAUCAGUAAAUAAUACAAAAAAUAAAGAUGCUGUAAAUGAAUAUGUAUAUUAAACAAUUCCUUUUGAAAUAAGGUCAAGUUGUCAUUCAAUUAACUUAUUGGAAGUAGUUUAACAGCCAGAGUUGUGGGACAUGAACAAAAAUGGUGUUUGGACCUAUAAAUGCUUCAUCAUUUUAUUUAAAUCAAAUGAAUCGUUAAUUAUAUGUUUUGUCAAGGUGUGUAAUGACACAGGGGCUAUAUUUAUAAAGCGUCAUAUGACAAAUUUUGACAUAAAUCAAACAUUACACUACUGGGACUUAAAAGUGCCCUUAGUUGCAGAAACAUCCAGUAAUAAAAUGAGUUCACUGUAAUGCAUUUAAAUUGAUUCAGCAUGUCAGUAUAAAAGUUUUAAAGAAAUAAGUGAAGAUAACCCUUAAUCAAUUAUUAAGUAUCCUAAACCAACUAUAAUUUAGUCCCUGUUAACGUUUGCAUUUUAAAUUUAGAAAAUGAUUGGGAGUGAAGUAAAACAAAAAAUAAUUAAAUGAAAUGCAACUAGAAUUGUUAAGUCUUUCAUCAUAUCAGUUUAAAUAUCUUGUAAAUUUUGAUUUAACAUAAAAAUGGAAGGCAGCUUUUGGACAAAAGUAUGAACUGAAGUUUUGAAGUAUAGUUGAAACAGACGGGUUUUAAAUAUGCAUAUAAAAAAAAUAAAAAAUAAAAAUAGACUGUAAAUCGUAUUAUAUUGUAUUGUCAUUGUGUUGAAUGUCUGUACUAGAAGCUUCCAACACCAAAGAAAAUUCCUUGUGUGUGCAAGC